CCAAACAAGCGUUUGGCCGAAGGUUCAUCACGGCGAAGCGGACUUUCCGUAGUCAGUCUACUGGGAAAAUAAGCGUAGCGUUUGAAUAUUACUCAAAGUGGGAUUUAAAGUGAGUUUAAAAAGGACUGAAGACCUCCCACGAGGGCGCCUCACCGUGACCUUUAUGUGAGGAUAGAGAAGGAGAGACGCGGGUCAGCGAUUCGGAGCCACCGUUUGCAGCAUCUGUCCUGGAUCUACCCUUGUGUUCCCACUUGAGACAUCUUUUGUCUUCAUUCAGUCUGCCACAGGGGAACAAACUCUCACAAAACAGACGUUUUCGACUGCUCUGCUGUAGUUUAGUCUCUUGUAGGUGUCCGUCACGCUGAAUCAUGGAGGCCAUUGCCAAGUAUGAUUUCAAAGCGACUGCAGAUGAUGAGCUAAGUUUUAAACGUGGAGAAAUCCUGAAGGUAUUAAAUGAAGAAUGUGACCAGAACUGGUAUAAGGCAGAGCUAAAUGGCAAAGAUGGUUUCAUUCCAAAGAAUUACAUAGAAAUGAAAGCACAUCCGUGGUUCUUCGGGAGGAUUCCUCGGGCCAGAGCGGAGGAGCUGCUGAACAAACAGAGGCAUGACGGAGCUUUCCUUAUUAGAGAGAGCGAGAGCGCACCUGGAGACUUCUCCCUGUCUGUCAAGUUCGGUAAUGAUGUGCAGCAUUUUAAGGUGUUGCGUGAUGGAGCAGGGAAAUACUUCCUGUGGGUGGUAAAGUUUAACUCACUCAACGAGCUGGUGGAUUAUCAUCGCACCACCUCCGUCUCUCGAAACCAACAGAUCUUUCUACGAGACAUUGAGCAGGUGCCUCAGCACCCUACAUAUGUGCAGGCCCUGUUCGAUUUUGACCCUCAAGAAGACGGUGAGCUGGGAUUCCGGCGUGGAGAUUUCAUCCAAGUCUUGGACAACUCCGACCCCAACUGGUGGAAGGGUGCGUGCCAUGGCCAAACAGGAAUGUUCCCACGCAAUUACGUUACACCUGUCAGUCGGAACAUGUAAAAAAGAAAAGAAAAAAGAAAGUCCCUCUCUUCCCACACACACUUUCAAACAACCCUAAACCCCCCACCCCCACCCCAUCCCUUAACACCCUGUAAUUUGCAGAGUGAAAAGGAGAAAUGGAAACCUUGAAAAUAGAAAGAAGAAAAAUGUGUGGAGAAUGGAUGUCACAUCUCUUCAGUGACAUCUGGGUGAUAUCAACGCUGAUUCCUGAGAAUAUCUGCUUCACCAUGAACGCUUGCAGCCAGGCCUGUGCAGUCUGCCAGGGCAAAGAGAUAAAGCAACACCACACAGAUUAAAACAAAACAUGAUGAUUCUGUCUUUAGAUUCACCCUGCUGCUUCUGCCUUUUCCCCACUCCCCCCACCCCUCUUUCCUUUCUAGUGCAUUUUUUCCUUUUCAUUAUUUUUUGGCUGCAUGUUUUAAUCACUGCAUAACAGAAAAUUCUAAGGCUGUUUUAAGUUUUAAAAAAAUUAAAAAAUAAAAAAAUAUAUAUAAGAUUCAAGUUCAAAAAGAAAACUGAUGCUUCAUACGAGUUUCCAAGUCUGAAAUCAUGGGCACAAGAGCGUUGUACAUCAAUUUUGGGCUGUGUAAAAAAAGACAAAAAAAGAAAAAAAAUCACCUAUAGAGAGAAUCCAUUUUUUAAGAAUAUAUAUUAUAUAUUUGUAUGUGUUUGUCUGUUUUACCUUUACUCAUGUUUUUUUUUUUUGGUUUUGUUUUUUUUUCUCUUUUUUCCACUUGUAAAUUAUGUUCAGUUUUUUGGAUGAAACAGUAGCUCUGGGACAUGCUGAAUCGUCAGUAUAAUUUUUAUGAAUUAUAUCUGAGAUUGCUCAGAUAAAGCCACAUGAUAUUUAAAUCAUCACAUAUUCCAUUGGAAACGUUUUUUAGCUGCAUACUUUUGCAAUCAAACCAUUUAUUGUCAGGAUGCUACCGUUCAGUGACAUGCAAGUGAGAGCCAUUUAUCCAGCAGGAGUUUGUCUAAUGUGAAAUCGUAUUAAGAGGCCAGACACCAAUGUAAGCCAAGGUAUUUAUUGCAGCCACUUUUACUUCUUGGGCCGCGAAUGUAGCUGACUUUAGACCGUAGAAAUAAACAUGAGGGAAGUAAGGUCGGAGUUCUGAACCACACAACUGCUUUGCGAGAGGUGAGUCUAUUUACAGUGUCAAAAACGAUAUACAGUGUAUGCAUACAUAUGAACCUAUAUGCACCGGCGUGUAUCAUUUUAACCAGAAGAUUUUAAAUCUUCAGAUUCUGAUCUUUCUUUGCUACGUAUUCGCCAGUCCACAACUGGCAUCAGUAAUACCAGUAUGAGAAACCAUAGAAAGAGAGAGUCUUUGUAUGUGAAUAGUAGAAAUAUCAGCUUUUUUUUGUCUUUUUUUUUUUUUAAACCUCCCCUUUGUUCUUUGAGCACUUGUUCGGUCAGCCAUUUUGAUUCCUUCGUGUCUUAUGUUUUUUUGGAAUUUUUUUUUCCCAGCCUUUUUGUUUUGUGACCUGUAGUUCGGUUGUGUUGUGUUUAUUUGUUCUCUCUGGAUUAGUGCCUUUUUCUCUGGUGUGUCAAUGUCUCCGGCCUGCUGCUUUGGUCUGUGUGGCAGGCUCUGUCAGUACCGCAGCGAGAGAUCAUGUCUGAACUCCUGCCUCCAAACCCACCAACCCCCCACCCUCCCAACACUCACUUGCACCAGUGUCUUCAUGGAACCAAUUCUUCCUAUUUAAAUGUCUUGCAUUCUCUUACCUAAUGAUACUUAAAUGUUUUGGCUGUUUCUUUUGGCUCUUUU